GCUGCUGUUCAUGCACAUGGCUCUGUCGGGCAGCACUAAAACAACACAGUGAAACAGAGGAAAUUUUUUUUGACAAAAUAAUAUUCGCAGACUCCAUUUUCUCCAUAUUUCGGCAGGGGAGAUUGUUGCAGAUACAGUGCAUCUUUGGGGAGAGAAAAAGUUUCUUUCUGUCUUUUUCUUCUUAAAAAAAUAUAAGUCAUCUGAUGAUGGCAAGAGACAGUGAUCCCAAAUACAUUUUGCAGGUGGAAAACAGGAGGAAAAACGUCUUUGUGACCCAACUAGGAGAGCACAGGGACGAAGAGGAUGAAGAUGUCCAUUGCAUCCCUAUCAUUCAUGAGACCCCAAGCAAGAUUCUUCAGCAUCGUGGGAGAUCACUGCAGAAGACCUUGCGUUUGCGAAAAGCAAUUGAACACGACCAAAUUACUGCAGAGCUGAUUGCUAAGAGGGAGGAAUUCAAAAAACGGAUGGAAAAGCUGGCAGAACGAAACGCAGAAUUUGCAUUGAAAGAAGAGGCUAGCAGGGCUCACGCUCUUAAAUUUGACAGAUAUCUUAAAGAGUGUGAGCAGAAAAAGGAGCGUGCAAUGAAGAAAUACCAGGAUGAACAGAAGCUCAAUAAAAUAAAGAAAAAUGAGAUUCAUAAACUGAAAGAAGAACUUAAAGAACUUAGUGUUAGGCAACAGAAGUUACAGAAAAAGGUGGCCAAAUGUAAAGUGUAUGAAAUUUUUCUACUGAAACUGAUUGAAGCAUUGCCUGCCAACUACCUGGAAUGUGGGGGAAAUUCUUUGAUUAAAGCCCUCGUUCAAAGACAUGAGACACUAUUGACCGCAAACCAUCACUUGACAAAGAAUUUGUCCUCUCUGGAAUAUAACCUUGAGAAAACCCAACAUGAAUUGGGGACCUUCCAAGAGGAACAUGACACCAUGAAAGUUAUACUGAUUAGCAAACUUUCAGAGCUUCAGGCAAAAUGCAGUGCAUUAGAAGGGAAAAACGCGCAGCUGGAGCAGUACAUUAGCUAUAAAAACGGCCACUUCAGAAAUCAGAAAGAAGAACUAGGCAGGAUGUUGUUAGCAAUCUCUGGCCUAGCUGAGCAGUGCUACAUGUGGCAUUAUGGCCCUUUGAAGGAAAUGCCGUUGCUCUCCAAGCUGGACAUGAUCCAAGAGUUCAUUCUGCAAAAACAGGAUAUCAGACAGCAAGCUGUUCAAUCCAAUGAACUUGAAACGUCAUCUUGCAGUCUUAAGGAGCGACCUCUCAGAAACAAAAAGCAAUGACAAUUCAGGACAUGUGAUAAAAGGAAGUUCUGAAAGGUGGGGCAAGUUAAGAUAUGCCUUGGAAAAUAAAUUGCAUUUUGAAGUGCAAUGCUACAUAGAAAUGUGCAAUACUUUUACCUUCUUUUAUGGGUAAUUUAGCACACAUUGCCAAACCUAUCAUUGCUGGAAUUUGCAACUUUUGUGCUAAUUUCCUUAGCACAGACAUGUAUUAUAAAUAGGAAUGAUUCAUUAUAUUAAUACUGUCUUAGCUCAGACAUAAAGUACCAUGAUAGUUGAACAGUAGUUAGUUUGCGAAACCAGAAUUUGGCUUACAGAUUAUCUUUCUAAGAUAAUUUGCCCUGUUUGACAAAUUCUGGUUUCAUUACCUUCAUUUAUUCCCUCCGCCCCCACCCCCACCCCCACCAGUAGGGUUGCCAGUUCCAGGUUGGAAAAUAUCUGGAGUUUGGGGAUAGAGCCUGAGGAAGGCAGGGUUUGGCGAGGGGAGGGGAGGGACAUCAAUGGGAAACAAUGCCGUAAAGUUCAUUUUCCAAAGUGGCCAUUUUAUCCAGGAGAACUGAUCUCUAUCAGCUGGAGAUCAGUUGUAAUAGCGGGCGAUCUCCAGCUUCCACCUGGAGGUUGGCAACCCUAUCAUCCAUGGUAAUUCAGCUGAUAUCCCGCUCUGCACCGUGGUCUGGAGGGAGGACAUCUGAGAACGAACUAAGAGGUCCAUAGUCAUGCAUCCUGUGAUGCCAAAAUUAAGGCUGUGGUUAAUGAACCAACUUCAAAACAUGAGUUCAUAUUCUAGUUUUAUGUAUCCUAACUAAGCAUGGAUAGAGUUAGUGGUCAGAGUGUCAGACUAGAAUCUGAGAGACAGAUUUCCUUAGGAUAUGUCCUGCAUGUAGAUUGGAGAAAUAGGGAGAUAAAAUACACCCUUGUCUGACACCUUUGCCAAUUGGAAGCCACUCUUGUUUCUCAAUAUUCUGCCCUCACAGUAGCCUCUUUUCUGGAGCACCAGUUGCACAUCAAAUAAUGAGAUGCUGUGGCACACCCAUUUAUUUUAAAACCAACUAUAGCUUUUUAUGAAAGUACACUGCUAAUAAAACUAAGGCUCUGGAGAGCUAACUGUGAGGGCCACCAUCAAACAGGGUGACAGGUAGGGCUGCCAACUCUGAGUUGAGAAAUUACUGACAAUUUGCUGUUCGAUCCCGGAAAGGGGAGAGUUUGGGGAGGGGAGGGAGGUCCGCAGGGGUGUGAUGCCCUGGACUUCACCCUGUGCUGCCACCAUUUUCUCCAGGGGAAUUGAUCCCUGUAGUCUGGAGAUCAGUUGUAAUUUCAGGAUCACUCCAGGAGGUUAACCCCCUGGUGGCAGUACUAAAUAGGAGCAUUGAUUUGACUUAGUAUUAAGAAGCUCUUUAUUUUGUUCAAAGCAUUUGUCAACUCUGCUGUGACUUUAUUUUUUGAUACUGUAGAGUUAUAUUUCGACAUAUAACCCCUGCCCAUUUGGUCUGACAGAAUUAGCCUUGUUUUCUUUGUUAGAGGUCUCAUUUUCACAGUUACAUCAAUUUGCUUGUGUGCCGUCCAGCUAAGAUUGUGAAAUGAAGUUUCAGUGGGUCUGUUGCAUAAACUUUAUUUAUAUAAUAUCCUCUUUUUUGCUGUUGUAAAAUAAAUGAUGUAACCGUAAUUGCUUUGCUUCUCAAAAUUAAUUCUUCUACAAACGCAGUGUCUGUGCCUCUGGGGUGACAAAAGUACAUGACUCAUUCCCAAAAUAUUGUUUAUGCCAAUUUGAAACUUAAGACCAACAGUGAUAAUUUUAUUUAUUUAUGUGUUGUUACAAUAAAAGAACAACAAAAGAA